CUUGAUGUGGCAAGAUCACGCAUUUUCAUACCCGAUCCUCCACGAACACGAUGGACACAUCGCUGGCUGCGUUCGAGUCUUGCCAACAUGCUUCGUUGACGGCGUCGCCUUGGACUGUGCCCGUGACUUUCUGCCUAGCGGUGAGCGUGCUGCUGUCGUACUUGUUUCCGUUUCUGGUCUCCAAGCCACCACCGACCAACCGACGACUCAAGCGCCGACUGACCACCACGGGGCUCACGACACUGCUCACCGAAACCGACACCAACCUCAGCAUUCUCUUCACGAUCACCGUCCUAGACAAGAUUGUGUCCAAGGAGACGCUGGUGGCGCAGCUUCGCUCCCGCCUCGAGCCGGCCUUCUUUGUGCGGUUCCGGUCCCGCGUCGUCGGGCGCGACUUUUGCUUAGUCGAAGACUUUGACGUGGCUGACCACAUCACGGUGCAUCAACUGGAUACGUCGCAAGACGUCCACGAAUAUGCAGAAACGCUCAACAACGUGCCGCUAGACAUGGCCAUGCCGCUGUGGAAGCUGCACAUGGUGCAUGUGAACGAUCAAACGUUCCUGCUGUGGCGGCUACACCAUUGCCUCGGGGAUGGCCAGUCCAUGUCCAUGUUCUUUUUGAAAGUGUGCGACAACGGGUACGCCGUGCUCGAGAAACUAGCUACGCACGCCCUUGCCCCACCAAAAAAGCCAAGCGAUGGUCGCCGCCACCAUACUAGCAUCUGGCGAUCGAUUUCGAUUCAGUGCAUCCACGUACUUGAAACCGUCGGGCUUGUUUUAUGGUCUAUUGCGUUGUACAUGCGCAAAAUCGUAUGCAUGAUGUGCAUUGCUGAAAGCUCCCAGUACUUCAAACAACCAGGCCACACGACCAAGCGGCUGUCAUAUUCGUUGGCUUUGACCGUUACCGACACCAAAGCUCUGGGCAAACAUAUGGCCGCGUCCAUCAACGACGUCAUGCUGUCAUGUGUGGCGGGAGCCCUCAAGCACAUGCUUCCCGAAACCGACCGCCACCACCCGCGCAUGUUUCUUCGGGCGGCCAUCCCCAUCAACAUGCGAUCAGUGUACGAUCCGUUCUUAACCACAAGCAACGCCUUCAGCUCGCUGCUCAUCGACCUUCCCGUGGGUGAACCCAACCGCAUCAAACGCACCGAGAUGGUCGUCCAAGCUAUGGCCGAGGCCAAGACCUCGCUGGAGCGGGUGUUCACGCUAGGACUCACCAAGAUCAUGGCGGCGCUACCUGUCGCGGUGAUGCUGCCCAUCAGCCGCAUGUUUACCUCCCGCGUGAGUGUCGCCAUUACAAACGUACGCGGGCCAUCCGAUGAGUUGUACCUGGGCGGCGCGAAGAUCGUCCAGUCCAUCGGGUUCCUUCCGCCGCCGCCGUCCGUGAAUGUCGGCAUUGCCAUCACCAGCAUCGGCAACACCCUCGGUGUGACCGUUGCCACUGACAAGUCCAUAGACGCUCCCAAGUUGAUGGCAGCGAUUGAAGCAGAAUUCAUCGCCCUGCAAGCAAGUUGUGCUGCCAUCUUGACCGCAGACGACAAGAAACAUGUAUAGAUGACACAUACAUCUGUGUAUAUGUGUGGUUGGGAGCAACUGGAGUUACGUGGCAAGAAAAUGAAAGCUAUAUUAUUUGAACAGGUCUGUGAUACAGUAUCGUGGACUUACUGUAUGUACUAUUAUUAAUAAUAAUACCAAGUAUUAAUAACUAGUA